AUGUCAAAUAAAAAUCUAGAAAAAACCAAAAAAUAAUCAAAAGAAAUCAAUGAAAAUUCAUCCGAUUCAAAUUUCGAAAGUGACUGUAAUUUAGAAAAAAAUGAAAUUAACCAAAAUUUAGACGAAGAAGAGCGUAUUUCCUUAAGAAAACAUUCAUAUGAAUUAUCAGCCGAAAAAAAGCUUUAAUUAUUAAAAAAGCGUAAAAUAUGUGGAUUAUUAGAAGGCUGUGAUUCAGUAGAUAAUUACUAAAAAUUAAAUAAAAUACAUGAAGGUGUAUAUGGAGUUGUAUACAGAGCUAUAGAUAAACUAACAGGUGAAAUAAUUGCAAUAAAAAAGACUAAAAUUGACCGUACUAGAGAAAAGGAUGGUUUCCCAAUAACUUCAAUAAGAGAAUUUAAUAUAUUAAUGGCAUUAAGACAUGAGAAUAUAAUAGCAGUAAAAAGAGUUGUCGUAGGUAGUGAUUGUGAUAUGAUAUAUAUGAUAAUGGAAUAUAUGGAACAUGAAUUGAAGGAUUUAAUAGAAAACCAAAAUUUUGAUUUUACUGAAUCAGAAAUAAAAAAUUUGGAUAAUUAAAAGUAAUGUGAUUUUGGUUUAGGGAGAAAAUAUUAAGGACUAAACAAGCCUUAUACAUUGAAUGUAGUCACUAUGUGGUAUAGGGCACCUGAAAUUUUAUUAGGAUAAGAUAGAUAUUCAACCGCUUUAGAUAUGUGGUCUGUUGGGUGUAUUUUCGGAGAACUUGUUAUAAGGGAUUAAUUAUUUAAAGGGACUUGUGAAAUUAAUUAAAUAGAAAAAAUAUUCAAUGCAGUAGGAGGUCCAAAUAUAAAAGAUUGGAAAAAUUGGGUAAACCUCAAAUAGGCAAAGUUUUUUGAAAAAAAAGAGUAUCCGUAAGAUUCAAGUGGACUAAAGGAUAUUAUUGGAAACAAAAUAUCUUAAUAGGGAUUUAAGUUGCUAUGUGAUAUGCUUUGUUUAAAUCCUGAUAAAAGAAUUACUGCUAGUAAGGCUUUGCAAGAUAAGUGGUUUAAGGAAGAACCUUUACCGGCUAAAAACGAAGAUAUGCCCAAGUUUAAAGCUUUAAAUGAAGUUUCGAGGGAAGAAAGGAAAAAAAGUAAAAAUAAUUAUUAGUAAAAUUAAUAAUGA